AUGAAUAUAGGGGACUUGGGCGGCGGAGCUGGAGGAGGUGCACCACCUCCAGCGGCCCCACCCCCACCAGCCGCCAAACCACCGCCACCACCACCACCAGCAGCGCCAGCAAAAGGAGGUGCGCUUAGAGAUGAUGAUGAUCUCAACUUGGACUCUGACAUUAAGUCGCCGAAGAAGAAGAAGACCGACAAGGACUCGAAAUCCAAUAAAAAGAACUCGAAACCCAAACACCAUGGUGAUGCUCCAAGCCCGACAGUGCCAAGGGCAAUCUUAUUCGUUCUACUACUUCUGUUCAUGAUUCUGACAGCCUUGUGGACAUUGACAUUGUUGAGCGGACUGCAAUUAAUGAAGAUCGAGUUCCUCGAGAAGUUGUUCUACAAACUCGGCCGCUAA